CCGUGGGGAGGGAGGCGGGCCGGCUUGCAAAACGCGAUGUAAACAGAAAAAAAAGUUCAGGUUCGACCGUUCGUUCUUCCUGAAACAAGGUUUUUCAGGAAAUUUUUGUUAAUAUUCUCAGUGUUCUGGUGCCACGACCUGUCUGUUAGUUUUACUUUUUGUCCCGUUUGUGCAAAAUGUCCGAGACCACGCCAAAUUCCACCAUCGACCCGGAGGACACCAUCAAGAUUUUGGUGGCAAGUGAUAUCCACCUGGGAUACAACGAGAAGGAUGUGAUUAGAGGAGAGGACAGUUUCAUUGCGUUCGAAGAGGUUUUGCAGCACGCAUUGGAAAACGAUGUGGAUGCCAUCAUCCUCGGGGGCGAUCUGUUUCACAUUGCCAAUCCCUCCACGAACACGUUGAACAGAUGUUCACGGUUGUUGAAGACAUACUUGCUGGGUGAUAAACCCAUCAAGUUAGAAUUUCUGAGUGAUCAGAACGAAAACUUUCUGGAAUCGCUCAACAGAACCGUCAACUACGAGGAUCCAAACAUGAACAUUGCCAUCCCGGUGUUCACGAUCCACGGGAAUCACGACGAUCCGAGUGGAUUCGGGCGGAUCAGUUCGCUGGAUUUGUUGAGUACCAAUGGCUAUGUGAACUACUUCGGCAAGUGGACGGAUUUGACGAAGAUUAACAUUAGUCCGAUUUUGCUGAAGAAGGGUGAGAGCAAAAUGGCCCUGUACGGAUUAAGCUACAUCAGCGAUGCAAGGUUGGCGCGGCUGUUCAACGAAGCCAAAGUGUUCCUGGAGAAGCCGGAAGAUUCCGACUGGUUCAAUGUGAUGGUGGUGCACCAGAACAGGGCCGACCGAGGGCCGAAGAAUUAUCUGCCGGAGAAAUCCCUGCCAGGUUUCUUGGAUCUGGUCAUAUGGGGCCACGAACACGACUGCCGCAUUAUACCGGAGGAAAAUCCCAACAAGAAGUUUUUCGUCACUCAACCGGGAUCGACGGUGGCCACUUCUCUUGCCGAGGGGGAAGCACUGGACAAGUGUUGUGGAAUACUCAGCAUUCACAAGAGCCUGUUCCGGUUGGAUCCUAUUCGGUUGCAAACGGUGCGACCGUUUAUUUUCGAAUCCAUCAACAUGGCCGAGUACUUUGACGAGCUUGGCUUGGACGAGGGCGAUGUGCAGCAAAAGAUGCAAAACUUUGCCGCCGAGAAAAUCGAAAACAUGAUCAAACGUGCCGAGGAGAAGUUGACCGGAAAUGAGAAGCAACCGAAAGUUCCUUUGAUUCGAUUGCGACUGGAUAUAACCGAUGUGGAGCAGCAGUUCAAUGCCAUCCGAUUUGGGCAGCAGUACAGUGGUCGUGUUGCCAAUCCGCAGGAUAUGAUCGUUUUCAAGAGGAAAAUUACCAAGGCAAAGGAUGAAUUGAAGCCGCUGGACAAGGAUGCGCUGCUGGAAGCGUACGAGAAUCAGAGGGAAGCAACUGCCAAUCGUGCCGAGGAAGUGGUGGAUAGGUACUUCAAGGAAGCAGACGAAGAUAAGCAGCUGGAACUGCUGUGUUCUAAAAGUAUGAGCGAACUGACGAAACGCAUGGUCGAUUACGAGGACGACGAUGCCGCGGACAGCAUUAUCAAGUUCUACGAACGCCAAGUGCUGAAACACUUGGAAGGGCAGGCCGUUAACGAGGACAACAUCGAAGAAAUAUUGGAAGGCUUUCGCUCGAAGGAGCGGGAUACGUACAACGAUAUGUUGAAGAUGUUGGAUUCACGUAGCCAGAAAGGCCCUCCGGCAAAUGAUCAACCUAGACCCAGCGCCCAGGACAGCGACGAGGACCUCGACGUUAAACCAAAGGCCAAUUCAGCUUCAGUAUUCGCACCACUUUCGACAACGGCGGCUGGCGCUACCACUACUACCACCCGCGGAGGCAAAGGAAGCCGAGGUGGACGAGGAUCGCGAUCGACUGCGGCAGCCGCUUCCGGUUCCAGUGGUCGCGGUCGGGGUCGCGGCAGAGGGGCAUCUAACAGUUCGACCAGUAAGAUCGAUUCGUUCCUGACUCAUACGGCCAAACCGGCCGCUAGUUCUCGGGCCAGCAGUCGGAACAUUUCCAAGGUGGUGUACAUUUCCGAUGAGGACGACGACGAAUGAGUGUAAAUAGUAUUAACCUGCUGUUGUUUUAAACAUUCCCAGUUCGAGCUCUCUGUAAAAUGUUUUGUUUCUGUUUCGUUUUUUUAAACAUCACAUGAGCCAUAUUGAAUUCAAGAAAUAAAAUUCCUACGAAUA